CAAAGAGUCACAGAGCCAAUACACCGACCUACCGACGUGCAAUAAUCCGCAAAGGCAACACACGGAGGAGUGUACAUUUGUUUUAGAGCCGUGGACUAUUCAAAAGCUGGGACCUAGGGUGAAGUUUGACUGCUACAGGAGGAAUCCCUAACUUUGGUGUUGGGAAGAAAGGACAAAAAUGUGAUCCUAAACCACUCAUAUUUCCUGAGGGAAAUGAGUUCUCUGUAAGAUAAGACAGGUGUCCUUGUGUGAUUGUCCAAUCAGAGACCUGCAUGUGUGAAGCCGCGGCCAGCAAUGGAACCCUGGCCUGCAGUGGCCUGGGUCCUACUGCUGACGGUCAUCGCUGAUUGGCUGAAAACAGCCCAAUCAAAGGACUUUACAGAACAGGACAUCAUCUACCUCCAUCCCUCAACCACUCCAUUCCCAGGCGGGUUCAAGUGCUUCACAUGUGAGGAGGCACCUGACAACUACGAGUGUAAUCGCUGGGCGCCAGACCUGUACUGCCCACAAGAGACCAGAUAUUGUUACACGCUUCACAAGAUGGACGUGGAGGGGGACAGUGUUUCCGUGACAAAGCGUUGUGUGGCUCUGGAGGACUGCCUCUCUACUGGAUGCUCUGAAGAAGACCAUGAAGGAAACAAGGUCUGUGCAGCGUGCUGUGAGGGCAAUAUCUGUAACCUUCCUCUCCCCUGGAAUGAGACGGAGGCCGUGUUCGCCACCACCUCACCACUCAGCGGCACCACAGGAAUCCCACAGAGCUACAGACUAAUAUCCUGCCUCCUUUUCCUCACCCUCCUCAUCUCCAGCUAUGUUUGAGAAGUGGAGAGAGAUACUGACAUAUACAAUUUUCUUUACCAGUUGAAGGCCUGAUCCAACUUUUAAUGUAUUCCGAUCCAACUGUUAAUGGAUUCAAUCUAAACCCUAUGGAAUAGUACUCACUGCAGCUUUUGACAGUUUAUUUUCCUUUUGAUUAAAAAGGAAUCCAGUUUUGAUUCCCUUUCAUCAUUGUGCUUGGUUUCAAUAAAAUGUGCACUUAGAACUGGACACUGAUACUGCUUCUAAAACACAGGCAAUAUGGCUGACAAUCUUGAAGGAUAAAACAUAAUAAACAUCCCAGUAUGAAAUGACAUAAUUCUCCCCCUACUAGUCUUCUGCACAGGGACAGAAGGAGGGGAAACUGUAAACCUUGAAAUGUGUUGUGGCAUGUUUGGAUUCGUCAGUAGACGAUAUACUGUAAGAGUUUCAACAUUUCCCAGCGAUGAGGAAGAAUUGAAGAAUAGCUUCAGCUUCUAUGAGGACUUGUCUGGUGUAACGUUUUUAUGUUUUUACAUUUUCACAUUUGUGAGUCAGUACCCCAUGUUGUAUGUUUGACACAUAUGUACAUAUACAUAGUAUUUAUUUUUUUAUGGAACAUUGUUGUUAGAAGGUGAAUAUGUCUGUGUGAAACGUUACGCCGGUAGGUUUAUGUAAUAGCAUGUAAGUGUAGACUACAUAUUUUAUUUUCCAGCAGGAACGGGUGACAUAGGCGCUGCUCAUCCUUUUACGUCUAGUAUGCAGAAAGUAUUUUUACCGACAUGGAAAGAGAGCCGGGCGCUUAUCAAACAAACACUUAACCCUUUGGUGUUUCUGUUGUGGGAAGACUAUUUCCUCAAAACCUAAAAAAAGGAUCAAAGUUAAUUACAGGUCUAUUUUAGCUUCAAAAUUUACCGAUGAUGAAAAAUAAAUCUGACUUUCCACAUGAUACAGCUACCCACAUAACCUAAGUUCAGCACUUUGUUUGGCCUAGGCUUUGGAAGCUGUACUGUAACUGUAGGACAAAUAGAAUGUUUUUAUGUCUCAUCAUUGCAGUUUUAGUGAGAGGCAACAAUAAAUGACUUACUUUGUGAGCACACAAUUAAUUACUGACACUACGUGCUCUUCAGGAGACUUUUUCUCACAACUGUUUUAAUGUUUUUGUACGUUCUUGUGACAUGUCCCUCUGAUGUUUGUACUGUGCUCUGUUCUGUGACAUGUUUCUCAUCCAUCACUCUCUGUUGGCGGUGUGGUCGCCUGGCCCGGCGAGAAAAAUGUAGAGUUAGCAAAUACAGUGUUAUUGUUCUCCAGGAUUUCUGAUUUAUUUAGGCUGACCGCCCGAGACAUAAAGGAGACUGGUCACUUCCCCCCUCCAGACCUGGGUUCAAUUACUAUUUUAAAUCAUCGUUUGGCUUAAUGGACCAAUAGAAUAGUCCCAAAAUGGCAAACCAUGCUCAUAUAGUACUUCAGGCAGACUAAAGCAAACGAUCAAAGUAUUUGAAAGAUUUCAAAUAGUAUCUGAACCCAGGUCUGCCCUCCUCCCUCCCUCCCACACUGUCUGUUCAGUAGGACUCCAGCCAAACAGCGAGAGGAAAACAGUGAAGCAUGACUUACAGAAAGCAAACAUUUUUACCUACUGUAGUUUGCUCUGUUAACAUUUUAUAAAUUACAUUUGUUUUUUUAUGGGGUAACAUAAGGGCUAUAACAUGUUGUGUCCCUUUAAACCAAUCAGGCAAUACUAGAUUUUCCCUUUUAAAUAUUUUGUACUGUGACCUGAAUGCCAACAUAUCAUGCCAGAUGUUGCCUUAACUCAUUCUAAGUAAAUGCUGUACAAUUCAUGGAAGAAGUGCAUGAUCUUAUCAAGUCAUGUGCCAAUUGAUGUUAUGUAAAUAUCAUCUCCGUUUGUAUAUGCAAUGUCUUUGUACAUAAUUGUAUAUAUAGAUGUGAAGGACUUUGUAACUUCAUAUUAAAGAUGAAGACAUGACCACUUA